AUGAAAGCCCUGGGUGCAGCAUUUCUUGUAUUAUCUCUUUAUGUGGGCACAGUCAUGCUUCACUUCGGUAUGAAUUUUUGGCUUUCGUCGUUUCCAAAGGGUGUAAAGCAAAACUAUACUGUAAUGUUUACCGUUUCCCUUUUAUGGUGCAUUCUUUUCCUUAUUACGGUGCUUAUACAUUUUCUUUACAACUUGGUUUGUUUUCGAAAAGUCGAAAACUACCUUUUCUUUGUAAACCGUAAAGGCCUGUUUCUUCUGUUUUUAAUCGGAACAUUAGAUUCCCUCACCGGUCUCACCGCAUCAUACUCUGCUACUCGUGUUCCACUGAUUCUGCAAUCCGCUUUGAUUUCCACAGGUCCUAUAUGGACUAUACUUUUUUCAUUCAUUUUUUAUCCUUCUAGCCAACCGAAGUUUAACGGAUUUUUGCUUAUUGUAUUUUUGUUUAUUUUUGGUGCAAUUGCACUUGCACUAAUACCCCAAAUACUCGAUAAUUCAGGUAAGACACGAUAUUUCAACCCGCCUUGGAUACUUAUUUUUCUUACCUGUGCAUUAUCAUUCCCAUUAUACAAUGUUAUACAGGGUCGUUUUUCUUUUGAAUUUAGGGAUCAAGUUCCCUCUUCGACACGCAAAUUGGUAAUGAUUUGCGUUGAAAUAACAAUUCAGCUUUUUUUGUGCAUGUUGUAUUUUCCAGUCGAUUUUUCCCCAUUUUUUGGCCAAUGCACAUCUGCCAAGGAAUCUUGGGACAAUAUUAUCGAAAGCUAUCGUCACAUUUUCACAUGCAAAACGAGUGCUAUUUAUAUGAUGGCCUAUGUUAUGGGGUUUUAUAUACGUCAUAUUGUAUUUGCAUACUUAAAUUCAUAUUCACCAAGUGUUGCAGCUAUAACAAGCAUGCUUACACAGCCCAUAAAUACUUUUAUUAUUUUGGUAUUCCCUUCUUGGAAUGUCUAUGGUUCAAAGAAAGAUUGGCGCUUUGUUUUAGCUUGUUUUAUAUGCCUUCUUGUUGCUAUGUUAAUGUUUAUGUAUUGGCAUAUAACUUUCAUGGACUCACCAAAUGAACCUCAUAAUGAUAAGGGAGAAAGUGAAGAUAAUAAGACUGAAGUAAAGUAA